AUAAACAUUACACUAGCCAACAUGGUUGUGGGAAGGGAAUCAUAAUCAUUUUCACAUUUACGAAAAGCAAUUCUCGAUUUAAGUAUAAUUCACUUUCUUGCUACUAAUUUUUUUUGUAUGAGCAAAGCGUUUAAAGGUGAACUAACACGGUUCUCCCUAUAUUACACAACAAACGUAUUAGCUCCGCUGCAGAAUGAGCAACAUUUACAUCCAGGAGCCUCCCACGAGUGGAAAGGUCCUGUUGAAGACCACGGCCGGGGAGAUUGAUAUCGAGCUGUGGUCCAAAGAGGCUCCUAAAGCAUGCAGAAACUUUGUGCAGCUGUGCAUGGAAGGGUACUAUGAUGGGACCAUUUUCCACAGAGUGGUUCCGGAUUUCAUCAUUCAGGGGGGGGAUCCUACCGGCACUGGAACAGGUGGAGAGUCCAUCUACGGCCGCCCAUUCAAGGAUGAGUUCCACUCCCGGCUGCGCUUCAUUCGGCGGGGGUUGGUCGCCAUGGCGAACGCCGGGCAGCACGACAACGGCAGUCAGUUUUUCUUCACGCUGGCGCGCGCGGACGAGCUCAACAACAAGCACACAAUAUUUGGCAAGGUCACCGGAGACACGAUCUACAACCUGCUGCGGUUGGCGGAAGUCGAAUGCGAUGCAAACGAGCGGCCGCUGAAGCCGCACAAGAUAAGAACGGCCGAGGUGUUACACUCUCCUUUUGAUGACAUCACACCUCGGGAAACCAAAAAAUCAAGAAAGGAAAAGGAAAAGGAGGAAGUGAAAAAAUCCCAGUCCAAAGCCACAAAAAAUUUCAACCUUUUAUCAUUUGGAGAAGAAGCUGAGGAGGAUGAGGAGAUGGUGACUCAAGUCAGCCAGACAUUGAAGGGAAAAAGCAAAAGCAGCCACGACCUUCUGAAAGACGAUCCCAGACUCAGCUCUGUUCCAGCUGUGAAAGGAAAGAAGAAAGCCAGACCCGGGAAUGCGGCUAAUUCAGGCAGCGAGGCAGAUGAUGGCGAUGAGGAAUCCGACUCUGAAGAGAAGGAGAGGAUGAGAGAGCUCAUCAGUAAGAAACUUAAGAAAGAGAAAGAUGCAGAGAAAGCGGCUGAACUCGGCGAGGCGGAGACAGAGAAGAAGACCAGCCGCAGUGAUGAAUUAAAGAAGGAGGUCCGGCAGCUGAAGAAGGAACUACAGGCCAUAAAGCAAAGGAGAGAAGAGCGUUCAAACCCUCCUCCUGCAGAAGAAGUCAAGGAGGAGAAAAAGCCGAGCAGCGAGGCCGUGGCGGAGUACCUGGAGGAAAGGAAGAAGUACGAAGAGCUCCGGCAGCAGAAACGGAAAAAAGGCUCAAACAGAGAGGAGCAGACGUUGGCCCUGCUCAACGGCUUCAAGUCCAAGCUGUCGUCAGCCAUCACCGAGGGAGCAGAGGAGGAGGAUGUGGAGGAGUUGGCGGAGGAUGACGACAAAGGAUGGAUGGCCCACGUUCUGCAGUUCGACGAGCAGAGCAGGAAAGUCAAGGACGCCAACAUGCAGGACGAGGACACGUUCGAGAUCUACGACCCGCGCAACCCCGUCAACAAGCGCCGGAGAGAGGAGAGCAAGAAGAUCAUGAAGGAGAAGAAGGCCAAGAGGUGAAGUCCUGAGGUCAGGGGUCGCGCGCCGUCUCGCCCGGCCACUUUCCCGCCGCUUCGGAAACGCCUUUUCCCCCCCAAACAGUCUGUUAGGUUUGAACAUCUGGGCUCAGCUAAUCUGUGACUGAACAGCUGUUAUGGACAAACUGUAGAUGAUUAUUACAUGAAAUGCUUUUCACUUCUGACUUGUUUGGUUUGCGUUGUGUGUGUGUGUGUGUGGGGGGGGGGGGGGGGGGGGGGCUCUGUAAAGAUUUCCAGAAAGAUCAAAUAAACCACAUUUAUGUGAA